AGGUACCUAUAAAAGGGGAAGACUCCACCAAGGAAAGCAUCAGUUCGUGGCAUCUCCUCACCCGACAAGUCAAUUUAAACACUAGAAUGAAGCUGACCAUUGCCAUCAUCGCGAGCAUCCUGCUCAUCAGCUUGGCCGAUCUUGCCACUGGCUCGUCGUGUGGAUGCACGGCAACAACAACAACACCAAAGCCAUGCACGACAACAACAACGCAAUGCACGACAACAACAACGCCAUGCACGACAACAACAACGCCAUGCACGACAACAACAACGCCAUGCACGACAACAACGCCCAAGCCAACAACCACUCCCAAGCCAACAACAACUCCCAAGCCAACAACAACUCCAAAGCCAACAACCACUCCCAAGCCAACAACUCCCAAGCCAUCAACCACAAAGCGUACUACGAAAGCCACCAGGCCUACGAAAACAACCACUCGCAGGACUACAGAAGCCACCAAGCCGACAACAACCACCAAGAAGCCACCGCAUUCAUGCGGCUCCUGCGGUCCCGGUGGUGAUGCCUGCCAGGGAUGCCCAUCCCAGGAGAAGCUCUGCCAGGAACUGAUCAACACUGUGCGCAUCCUUGAGCGCAAGAUCCGCCAGUGCGUGUGCGGUCAAAAGGACUGGACGUUGUAAGGUGGAUCAGCCUUACACCCUACUCCCGGUUGUGAUGUGUGAUUUGUGAUUCGAUCCCUGCCAGGCCUUUGGCGGGGACGGCGCUCGCCCUGGACUAUGAUUUCGACCCAAUUGUUAUGUUUUCAUCAAUUCAUGUUGUUAAAGUUGACUUUUUAUAGAUAAUAUACCCGUGCGGAAAGCUGUCUUCGGUCGCCUUCCAAUCGUUCAUCCUGUUGCAAAUA